AUGACUGGGCCCUCUUGGAGGACGUUAACAGUCAGUCUUUCCUGGCUAGCUAAUCACUUUUUAGACUUGAAUUCUAUUCCUUCUUCUAGUUUUUUUUCUUCUCUGGCCUCAUUACAUCACAUUUCGCAUAUUCAACAAGAGGAUGAUUCCGUCGACUCAGGUUCAAAUGAGCUUCGAGCUCGAUUGCCCUUGGAAUAUGAUAGACUUGUGGAGCUCUCAAAAGCAAUUUUAGACUUGAAUGAUGCUGAAGAUCUUUUCGACUAUGUUUACCGCCCUAGGCGUAAGGUAAUUGAAGUGCUGGCCGAUUUCCCAGCAACUGCCCGGUUUCUCCUGAAGCCCACUGCUUGGCUUCAAGUUCUCCCUGGCCCCAUCCUGUCUCGACCCUAUUCGAUCGCAUCCCCGCCUCCUUGGCAUCUCGAUUCAGAAGAAAAUUUCGCGUCCAGGCGAGUC